GUGGUACUCAUCCCCCCAAUAUUAACAAAACCCAAUUUCACACCUCCACCACAAAACCUAAAUCAACCACCCACCAUGGGAGUCGUCGAAGAAGCUCACAAUGUCAAAAUCCUAGGUUCCGGCCACCGGACCAUCGUCUUGGCACAUGGUUUCGGUACCGACCAAUCGGUAUGGAAGCAUCUGGUUCCUCAUCUCGUCGAGGAUUACAAGGUUGUUUUGUACGAUAACAUGGGGGCAGGUACCACAAACCCUGAAUACUUCGAUUUCGAGAGGUAUGCGACUCUGGAAGGUUAUGCGUACGAUGUGAUCGGCAUUCUGGAGGAACUUCGGGUAUCUUCAUGUAUAUUUGUCGGUCACUCUGUGUCGGCUAUGAUUGGGGCGGUCGCUUCCAUUACUCGUCCUGAUCUGUUUUCCAAAAUUGUGAUGAUUUCGGCUUCUCCAAGGUAUUUGAACGAUGUGGAUUAUUUUGGGGGAUUUGAAAGAGAAGAUCUUGACCAACUAUUCGAAGCAAUACAGUCGAAUUUCAAGGCAUGGUGUUCUGGUUUUGCCCCAUUGGCAAUUGGAGGUGACAUGGAUUCUGUAUCGGUUCAAGAAUUUAGUCGAACCCUUUUUAAUAUGAGACCCGACAUAGCCCUAAGCGUUGCACAAACCAUUUUCCAAAGUGACAUGAGAGAACUGUUGUGCCACGUGUUGGUCCCGUGCCACAUCAUCCAAAGUAUGAAGGAUCUGGCGGUUCCGGUGGUUGUCUCUGAAUACCUUCAUCAGAACCUUGGCGGCGAGUCCAUCGUUGAGGUCAUGUCGACGGAAGGCCACCUGCCGCAGUUGAGUUCACCGGAUGUUGUGGUUCCGGUGCUUCUUAGGCACAUCCGUUGUGAUAUUGCUGUGUAAUUAUAUUAGGUUAUCUAGUAUUGUGGAAAGUUCGGUUGAGAAUCAUAUUACCAUUGUCGAACCGGAAGACCACCAAGAGCGCGUUACAUAUCCAUAUUCAUCAAGAAUAAUGGACGUGAAUUGACAUGUGGCGUUCCUCUAAGUGGUUUCCGGUUCACAAUGAAACCGAGGUUCUUAACCGCACCUGCUCCAUCUAGUCCUUUGGUUUAUUUUGGUUAUGUGAAGUACAACUUGUUGAUAAAAACUUUUUAUGAACUUGAAAUAAUAUUAUAUCUACGUGUGCACGUUUUUCU